CCUGUGGAUCUCUUCCCUUUCGACUUCACUUGAUCAGCAGCCAGCCGCCAAGGAGAGAGACCCAGGGUUUUGUUACUGAGUAGGGUUUUUCAUUUCUCUGUCCACGAGAUCACAACUCUCUCUUCACACACAGGCUCUCUUUCGAUCUCGAAAAUGACGAAAUUCAGAAAGCUAGGUCGACCCACAGGUCACCGUAUGUCUAUGCUCAGAACAAUGGUUUCCCAGUUGGUGAAGCAUGAGCGCAUCGAAACCACUGUUGCCAAGGCAAAAGAGAUUCGACGACUUGCAGAUAAUAUGGUGCAGCUUGGGAAAGAGGGCACCCUUUGUGCUGCAAGGCGUGCAGCUGCUUUUGUUAGAGGGGAUGAUGUCAUUCACAAGCUAUUUACUGAACUGGCUUAUCGUUACAAGGAUAGAUCUGGUGGUUACACAAGACUGCUUCGGACCCGUAUAAGAGUAGGUGAUGCUGCACCGAUGGCCUACAUUGAGUUUAUCGACAGAGAAAAUGAGCUUAGACAAUCAAAACCUCCAACUCCUCAACCACCACAGAGAGAACCACUGGAUCCCUGGACAAAAUCCCGCCUCAGCAGACAGUUUGCACCUCCUAAAGAAGAAAAGAAAUCUGAUGUGUGAUAUAAAAGUCAUUCAGCUUCUUUUUUUCUUCUUCUCAGGAUUAUGUUUCAACUAAUUUAUUAUCUUGAAAUAUAUCCGGCUUUUUCUGUUCAGCAGUUCAAGUUUUCCUCAAAUGUGUAUCGGUGCCGAUUAUACCAGAACAGCAACUACAUAAAUAACUAGUGAUUGUUGUUUUCUGUGAGCA